GUGCACUCAAUAUAUCUAAACACUAGUUAUAUUUUAAAAAAUUGUUGCCCUCGUACAAUUUGGCUUUAUAGACAAUCAUGAUAAUUUGUUCAACUAUUUCUUUGAAAUUAUUUUUAUACAGAAAGAAAUUAACACAACAAAACGAAAUUAUAAAUUGAGAUAAUUUGCAUUAAUCUUUUGCGCUGCUAACGUGUGGCCUGAAAAUCUCUCUCCGCCACUGAAUAUUGCAAAUUUGUUGGUUGGGUACUUACCUACCUUCAGAUUUAAAACAAAAAUUGCCGGUCAUGUCGUGCCAAUAGUUCCUUAGAUUAUCUACUUAUAAAGUAUACUCUACGUUCGUCACCUUAGAAAUCAUUAAAUAAAGUAACGUUGAAUCGUACAGAAUUGACUUUUCGUUAAUUCUUCAUUUGAUUUACCAGUGAUACCAUUAUUAACAGAGUUGGUCUGGAUUGUACUUUAUUGGAGGAAAUUAUUGGAUAUCUGUAAUCAACACACUCAAAUUUUAAAUUUCAUAUUAGGACGAAAUACAAUCUACGAUGGAAAAUGGACAAAUACAAUCCAAAAAUGCCGAAUUAUGCCUGUCUUUAUACAGAAAUUCUUUAAAAUCUAAAGAUAUGGAUCGAGGUGGAACUCAUUUUGACGGCCAGUAUCCUCAUGUUUUUGUUACACUAGGUGCUUCUGGUGAUUUAGCACGUAAAAAAAUUUAUCCGACCCUAUGGUGGUUGUUUAGAGAUAAUGUACUGCCUCUUAAUACUAUUUUCUAUGGUUACGCUAGGAGCAAAACUUCUGUAAAUGAAAUUCGACAAAAAUGUGAGCCAUACAUGAAGGUUAAACAGCAUGAACAUGAAAAGUAUGAAGAAUUUUGGAAAAUCAAUCACUAUAUGUCUGGCCAAUAUACUUCUCAAACUGAUUUUGAACUGUUGAAUAAGGAGAUUGAAAAAUUUGAGAAAGGUCCAGUUGCUAAUAGACUAUUUUAUUUAGCACUACCCCCUUCAGUAUAUGAGGAUGUUACAGUUCACAUAAAGAAUAAUUGUAUGGGUCAGAAAGGAUGGACUCGAAUUAUUAUUGAAAAACCUUUUGGUCGUGAUUUAGAAACUUCAAAUAAACUUUCUGCUCAUUUAAGUCACCUUUUCACUGAAUCCCAGCUGUACCGAAUAGACCAUUACUUGGGAAAAGAAAUGGUACAAAAUUUGAUGACACUUCGUUUUGGAAAUCGAAUUUUCAACCCUACAUGGAAUAGCGACCAUAUAGCCUCAAUACAAAUAAGUUUUAAAGAACCUUUCGGGACUGAAGGAAGAGGAGGAUAUUUUGAUGAAUUUGGUAUUAUUAGAGAUAUUAUGCAAAAUCACAUUCUACAAAUUUUAACAUUAGUAGCUAUGGAGAAGCCUGCUUCUAUUCAACCAGAUGAUAUAAGAAAUGAGAAGGUAAAAGUAUUAAGAAACAUUCCCCCUAUUCAAGUAAAAGACGUAGUUUUAGGCCAAUAUGUAGGCAAUCCCCAAGGGGAAGGAGAGGCUAAAUUGGGAUAUUUAGAUGAUCCAACAGUUCCUAAAGGUUCCGUUACUCCAACUUAUGCUUUAGCUGUUCUCCGAAUAAAUAAUGAGAGGUGGGAAGGCGUACCUUUUAUUCUUAGAUGUGGAAAAGCUCUAAACGAAAGAAAAGCUGAAGUGAGAAUACAAUUUAAAAACGUUCCUGGUGAUAUUUUUGCUGGUAAACCUAAGAGAAAUGAGUUAGUUAUCCGUGUUCAACCAGGAGAGGCAUUAUAUGUUAAACUUAUGGUGAAAACUCCAGGCAUGGCAUUUGAUAUGGAAGAAACUGAAUUGGACCUUACUUACAGCAGUAGAUAUGCGAAUGUUAAACUUCCAGAUGCAUAUGAACGUUUGAUUUUAGAUGUUUUCUGUGGUUCUCAAAUGCAUUUUGUUCGUUCUGAUGAAUUGAGUGAAGCAUGGCGGAUUUUCACUCCUCUGUUGCAUCAUAUCGAAAAAGAAAAAGUAAAACCCAUUCCAUAUAUGUAUGGAAGUCGAGGGCCUAAGGAAGCUGAUGAAUUGUUAUUAAAUAACAACUUCCAUUAUACAGGUUCAUACGUAUGGAAACCCAAAAUGUAGUAUAUAAAAUAUAUGAAAGAGGAUGCACAGAAGACAAUAAAUAUUCCAUUUUUUAAUUUUUUUGAAGAGGUUUAUUACUAUUAUUAUUAAAAUAUUAAGUACCAAUACAUUGUUAUUGUUGAAGGAAAUUGUUGGCAAUAAAAUAUUUUCCCAAAAA